UAUAGAGAGAAGAGCCAUAUAACUGAUGGUUAGCUGAUGAUUUCACUGACACUUCCUUAAGUACCAUCUUGCACCAGUGUCUUGAUUGGGAGGAAGUCAGGAAACAAAUCACCUGGGAAAGCAAGACUGCAUUUGCACAUACCAUGGCAAUACCCAUAACAGUCCUUGACUGUGAUCUCUUGCUGUAUGGACGAGGUCAUCGGACAUUGGAUCGCUUUAAACUGGACGAUGUGACUGAUGAAUAUCUGAUGUCCAUGUAUGGCUUUCCUCGGCAGUUCAUUUAUUACUUGGUGGAGCUCCUGGGAGCGAGUCUUUCUAGACCUACUCAAAGAUCCAGGGCCAUCAGCCCCGAGACACAAAUCCUGGCUGCCUUAGGCUUCUAUACCUCAGGCUCCUUCCAGACUCGGAUGGGAGAUGCUAUUGGUAUCAGCCAGGCCUCCAUGAGUCGUUGUGUUGCCAAUGUCACUGAGGCCCUGGUGGAAAGAGCCUCUCAGUUCAUUCAUUUUCCAGCUGACGAAGCCUCUGUACAGGCACUGAAAGAUGAAUUCUAUGGCUUGGCAGGAAUGCCAGGAGUGAUCGGGGUGGUGGACUGUGUCCACGUGGCCAUUAAGGCACCCAAUGCUGAAGACCUCUCCUAUGUGAACCGCAAAGGGUUGCAUUCAUUAAAUUGUCUGAUGGUGUGUGACAUCCGAGGGGCGCUGAUGACUGUGGAGACCAGCUGGCCGGGCAGCCUGCAGGACUGUGCUGUGCUGCAGCAGUCUUCUCUCCAGACUCAGUUUGAAGAGGGGCUGCACAGAGACAGUUGGCUGCUUGGUGACAGCGCCUUCUUUCUGCGCACUUGGCUCCUAACGCCCCUUCACCUUCCCGAGACCCCCUCCGAGUAUCGCUACAACAUGGCCCACUCCGCCACGCAUAGUGUGGUUGAGAAGACUGUCCGGACCCUCUGCUCCAGGUUCCGCUGCCUCGAUGGAUCCAAGGGCGCCCUGCAGUACUCCCCAGAGAAGUCCAGCCACAUCAUCUUGGCUUGCUGUGUCCUCCACAACAUCUCCCUAGAGCAUGGGAUGGACGUGUGGUCCUUGCCAGUGACAGGGCCUCUGGAACAGCCUCCCGAGGAAGAGUGUGAACCCCUAGAGUCCCUGGAUCUCGAGGCCGAUCGGCUCCGGCAGGAGCUGCUGCUGACUCACUUUAGCUAAUGUGAAAGGUGGAGAGGAGGGAGAAGGUGCUGGGACCAGUCCCUCUCUCCCCCCACUUUUUAUACACGUUUCAGUUAGUGUGGUUGAGGGUA